CUUCCUCUUAUAACAUUUUCGUCAUUAUCCCAUGGACUGACUUGUUUAUUGUCGAGCAAGAUGGAGUUCCUAUUGGGGAAUCCUUUCAGUACCCCAGUGGGGCAUUGCAUUGAAAGAGCCACUGACGGCUCCCUGCAAAGUGAAGAUUGGGCCCUCAAUAUGGAAAUAUGUGACCUUAUAAAUGAAACAGAGGAUGGGCCAAAAGAUGCCACUAGAGCAGUAAAGAAGAGACUCAAUGGGAAUAGGAACUAUAGGGAGGUGAUGCUGACUUUAACGGUUCUUGAAACGUGUGUGAAGAACUGUGGCCAUCGUUUUCACGCUUUAGUGACCAGCAGGGACUUUGUCGAUGGCGUGCUCGUUAAGAUUAUCUCUCCGAAAAACAACCCGCCAACCAUUGUUCAAGAUAAAGUACUCGCUCUGAUUCAGGCUUGGGCUGAUGCAUUCAGGAGCAGUCCUGACCUCACGGGCGUAGUUCAAAUCUAUGAAGAGCUCAAGAGAAAAGGCAUUGAGUUCCCCAUGUCAGACCUGGAGACCCUGUCACCCAUACACACGCCUCAGCGGGCAGCAUCUGCUCCAGAGGGCGACUCCACCCUACACAAGUACAGCACUACCACUCAGCCCAAGCCACCGUCUGUUCCACCUGCUUACACCGAACCUCAGGUCCCGAGCAUUCAAGCCUCUGGAUCCAUCAACCCUACAUCUGAACAGAUUUGCCGGCUACGCAGCGAGUUGGACAUCGUUCGCGGAAACACUAAGGUGAUGUCAGAGAUGCUGACUGAGAUGGUGCCAGGACAGGAGGAGGCUUCAGAUUAUGAAUUACUACAGGAGCUGAACCGGACUUGCAGAGCCAUGCAGCAGAGAAUAGUGGAGCUCAUCUCCUGUGUUUCCAGCGAGGCGGUGACGGAGGAGCUGCUGCACGUCAACGACGACCUCAACAACAUCUUCCUCCGUUUUGACAGGUAUGAGAGGUUCAGGUCUGGGAGGUCCUCGGCUCAGACUGUCAACAAUGGGGUGCUCAGCGAAGCUACAGAGGACAACCUCAUCGACCUCGGCCCAGGCUCCCCUGCAGUGGUCAGCAACAUGCCAAACGCACCCCCGACAUCUCUGCCCGCCGCCCUUACAGCCCCUGCAGGAAGACCCGCCUCCCCGGCCACCUUGGCCUCCCGCCUGGCCGGUCUAGACAUGGGCGCAGACAGCGUGAGCAGCACCCUGAGCUCGCUCUCCAGCUGCAAGCCCCCGCCCGCGCAGGACGACUUCGACGUGUUCGCCCAGACCAGGACCACCGGGGCAGCGUCCGAACCUCGAAGCACCGCGGCAGAAGACAGCCUCAGCGCCCAGGGCCCCCCCCCCACUCUGGAUGUUGUGCAGCCAGCCGCUGGAGGGGGUGUCGAACGUCAGUCCUCUGUCAUGGAUGACAUAGAGGAGUGGCUAAGUACAGAUGUGACGGGAGAUGAAGGAGAGGAAGGCGUGACGAGUGAAGAGUUUGACAAAUUCCUGGAGGAGAGGGCCAAAGCUGCUGAGAUGGUCCCCGGCCUACCGUCGCCCCCCAGUGGAGAGCCGGGCGCAGCACAGGGAACCCCCAACAGGAAGAAACCAGACAGACCGGAGGACGCUUUGUUUGCUAUGUAG